AUGGGGGUUAUGUUACCGAAACCGGUCUUAAGUAAAGUCGUUGAUAGGGCGGGAAACUACAACAUUGGAGUUGCAUCCGCUUGCGUCAACGGCUAUCGUGUGAGCAUGGAAGACGCCCAUGUAAUGUUGGUAGAGAGCGAAAUGAGUCUUCUUGGAAUAUUUGAUGGUCACAAUGGUAGUGGCUGCAGUAAAUAUAUUGCCGACCACCUUCCCCAAAAGGUGAAGGCAUUAAAUGGUAAACACACGCAGGAGGAGUUGGAAAAGGUGUGUGUUUCUCUUGAUCGCGACUUCAUUCUGAAUCAGAGUGAUGCUAGUGGGAGCACAGGGACCUUUUGCAUUGUUACACGUGAUUACAAUGUGACCAUUUGCAACGUAGGUGAUUCCCGCACCAUUAUUGCGCGUGGAGGUCGCCUCGUAUUCGUCACGGAAGAUCAUAAACCAACAGCAGGUGAAGAGCGUCAGCGCAUUGAGGCAUGUGGAGGUUGUGUAGUGAGUGGACGUGUUGAUGGCGAUCUCGCAGUGUCUCGCUCCUUCGGUGAUGCAUCCUUCAAGCGCCGAGAUGCGCUGGAUGACUACAAGUCACAUAAAGUUGUUGCUGUUCCUGACGUUACAACCCACGCCUGCCGGCAAGGUGAUAUUAUCAUACUCGCCUGUGACGGUGUAUUUGAGGGGAAUUUCUCAAAUGAAGAGGUUGCUGCUUUUGUUAAUGAACAAGCUUCCAAAUCCCCUGACCUUGCCGUCGCGGCAGCUCGUGUAUGUGAUGAGGCCAUACGACGUGGAAGCAAAGAUAACGUUUCGUGCCUCAUCGCACGGUUGUCGGAUGGCGCUUCCGCCGCCCGCCUUUAUGGAGCGCAUUCAUUCCUUCCUGGUGCCCCAUAUCCUCGCAUGCAUGAUCUUUCUCGCACAGCUUAUGUGGCAAUGGCACAAAUGGCACAAGUAACUCACGCAGAUGCUCUCGCCGCCCGUUACGCACUGUUGACGGCUCACGAGAAUAAAACUCUUUCGACAAAGUCACCAUUGGAGCAAACUGCCUUUGAGAUGAGUGAUGAGACGGAUAUUGAAGCGGAAAAGAAUUUUUUCGGUUGGGGUCCGGCCCCGGGCAAUGAAGCCGCCUUUUUCAGGUCGCUAGCAGAGCAAAGCAACAAAUAA